AUGACGACCCUGCGCCUCGCCGGCAAGCACUGCGCCGUCGUAGGCGCGACCGGCAUCAUCGGCGCCCAGAUAGCCAAGGCCUUCGCCUCCCACGGCGCCGUCGUCUCCCUCCUCGGCCGCUCCGCCCUCCAGGCUCGCCCCAAGCUCGAAGCCGAGCUGGCCCCGUACUCACCUCCGUCGCCGGCCCCAUCCUCGUCCCCGGAUAACGCUCCCGCGCCAUCGGACGUGCCGGCCGCGCACCGCUUCCUCCGCCUGGACGUCUCGGACCCGGCCGACAUCAAGAGCGUCUUUGGCGGACGUGGCGCCGCUGGCUCCCAGCCAAGUAAUGGCGAGGCUGUUGGGCCCGUCGAUAUUCUCGUCAACUGCGCGGGAAUCUCGCAGACGACCCUGCUCAAGCGGACCCCUGACCCGGAGCUCGCUUCCAUAGUCGACACGAACCUGCUUGCCCCCAUGCUGGUUUGCAAGUAUGCCAGGAUAAGGCCGAAUGGAUGCAUCAUCAACGUCUCGAGCCUCAUGGCCACCAAGGGCGAUCUCGGCGUCACAGCCUAUGCGGCCUCCAAGGCUGGUCUUAUUGGACUCACGCGAGCCCUGUGUCGCGAAAUGGCCGCCCGAUCUAUCCGCGUCAAUGCCCUCCUACCAGGAUGGGUCAAGAGCCCAAUGUGGGAUCACCUAAAGCCGGAUCUCAAGGAGGCAUAUCUUCGAGAUACGCCCCUCAACCGUGUCGCGGAUCCUGCCGAGGUUGCCGAUGCGGCCAUCUUUUUGGCCUCAAACGGCUUUGCAAACAACUGCGUUCUCAAUCUCGACGGAGGUCUGAGCGCAGCCUGA